AUGAACCGGCUCUGGAACAUCAGGCGUUGGGAGCCACUCCAGGGCCCCCUGAAGUGGGUCCCCACCCUGGGCGAGCUGCAGAAGACCCUCCAGAAGGGCGAGUACUUGCCCCUCCGCCCGCUGCCCAUGUUCGAGAGUAACUUUGUCCAGGUGACCAGUCGAGGGGCCCCAGCGUACGUGCACCACAGAACCAACCGAGUGACCAUGGGCAUGGCCGCCUCCCUGCCAGGCCUGGCGUUGCCAGACAUCCUGCUGAUGGCCCAGCGCCCCGAGGGCAGGGAGCGCUCCAGCCUCGUCCUCACCAGGAUGAUCCCACUGGACCUGGCCCACCUCUACGUCCACGACCUGUCUGCCUGGCUCCUGAAGCUGCGUCUGGUCACCACGGGCCGCUGCUAUUACCUGGAGCUGGACGCCCCUGACAAUGAGGUCAGCUUCCUGUUUGACUGCUGGAUCCGCCUCAUCAACCUGCUCUGGCAGCCCACCACCUCCUGGGCCCCCAGGACCCUACACACGCCCCCCAUAGACCUGGGCCACGUGGCACCUCCUGCCUCCACCUGGCGCCUCCAGGAGUCCCCUCUGGGCCUCCCCCCGCAUCGUGUCAUCCCCAUUGGGGUCCUUGACCUGAAGUGUCCCCCUGCCUUUCCAGUCAUGAUUGUCGAGCCCACCUUUCCUUACAAGAUUCUGACAACUCAGAGACAGAGGAAGGCCGAGGCCCUCAAGCGCGAAUUCAAGUCUCAGGCCCUGGGUGACUCCGUGCUGCUAGGCUGGUCACAGCUGGAGCAAGCUGACAGGAGAAAGAAAUCUACAGAAAAGUCCCAACCGGAUCUCUCCCCUGAGAGACCUCAAACCGAAAUCCAAGUUUCCGGUUUACUUGAGACCCCUUCACUCUGUAUCUCGGGGGACAGCCCUGAAAUGCCCUUGCUGGGCUCCUGUGAUCACUCGCAUAUGUACCCGUGGCAACAGGACAUGGACGACCUGAUGGACCCGGAGGCCAGCACCUUGUCCACGUCCUCCCUCUGCCCAGCCGCCUACCCUCCUGACUUCCGCAGGUGCAACGAACAGGCCAGGCCUCUGGACUCCGAGCAGAGACUGUGGCUGCCGCCCUCCCAGAAGCCCCCAGCCAUCCCUGCUGCCUCUUGUAAGGCUCCAUUCAUCCUUGACCAGUCCCAGAAGUUCUUGGCUGUACCUGCUCCAUCCCGGAAAGCGCCAGCUUUUCCUGCUGCUCCCCAGGAGGCCCCAGCCACACCUGGCCCAGCCCCAGCCAUGCCUGCCCCAUCUCAGAAGGCCCCGCAUACACUUGCUGUUCCCCCGAAGGCUGUGACCCCCCCUGCUCCAAACAGGAAAUCUGUGUUCCUACCUACCCUGUCCCAGAAGGCUCUGACCUUACCUACCCAAUACCAAAUGACAUUGGACCCUGCCACCACUGGCGUGGAAGCCAGAGGCGUGGUGUUGAUGGGCACCCAGGAGACAAACACAGUAGAGGUGAGGACUCAGAAAACAUCCCUGGAGCUGCCUUUCACCGCCACCGAGAAGGAGUCGGAGGAAGUCCUGGUCAGCAGAGCCCAGGAUGUCACCGCGGAUGGCUUCAAGGGCAAGGGCAAGUUGGAGGACAAAGUCCGCAGGAUGAAGGAGGAGGUCUCUCUGGACAUGCUGGGCUUCAGAUCCAAGGAGGUGGGUCAGCAGAAGGAGUGGGUCAAGACCCAGGAGCUGGCCAUCGAGGAAGCCUCACAGGGGCAGACCGGGCCCUUCUCAGCAGAAGGGCUCACCCGUGCCAGGCUGAUGAUCACUGCCAGUUCCAAGGAUCCCUCCUUGAGGUCAGCUCUGUUCAAUCUGCCCUCCUGGCUCUCAACCCAGCAGGGGUCUGCCAUGCCAACUAUGGACACGGUACCCCUCAGCACCACCAAGGUGUCCUUGCUGGAGGAGACACCGGUGGUGGUCAGGGAGCAGCCGCAGUUGGGGGCCUGGGCGAAGGGGAACACGCAUCCGUGGGCGGAGGUGGAGGCGGUGCCCCGGGACCCAAAGUGGCCUUCCAAAGCGUCCCCCUGCCCCAAGCGUGCCACCAGCAGCCCCAAGAUGAAUGCUGCCUCCCUGACUCCCAUCUCUCUGCCCUCAGCGAGGUGGGAGGACGUAACCGAGUCUCCUGCCUCGCUGACCCCUGUCUCAAAGAUGGAGGCCAGGGUCUCCCAACAGCCCAGGAGAGUAUCUCAAGAGCCCAGGAGGGUGCCGGACCAGUGCCCCAUAGCCACAGUGGGGUCGUCCUUGGAGAUUCUCUUGCCCACUCUCUUGGAAAUUGAGAGUAUGAAGGACAUGGCUUCCAAGGUGGGGAAGACAAAGGAGGAAGUGGGUGUCUUUGUUCCUUCGCCCAGAUGGCCAACGGCACCCUUCGACCCGCGCUUCACCAAGCAGAACCAGACCCGUAACUGUUACCAGAACUUGCUGGAUAAAACCUCGCGGGCCAAGUUAGGGGGAGCGGACUACCAUCCCUGCGUCAAGAGGAUGAGGCGCCGCGGGAAAAGCACACAGCCCUGCGAGUAUUACUUCCGCGUGUUCCACGCGCUGUGCCCCAUGAGCUGGGUGCAGCGCUAG